AUGGAUUUCUCACCGCUACGAGACCCGCCGCGUGCUGUCUGCUCUGCCAUGCUCGCCACCACACCACCCUCCGCGCCGCCGCAGACACCACCACCACUUUUUCUCGCGCCGCCCCCUGCUGAAGAAGACGCUUUCGCCUCUCAACGCGACCACAUCCCAUUCGAGGAUGACUCCCCAAGCCACCAAGCCCACUCGCAUGAAGACGAAGUAAUUCCUCUGUCCUCCAGGGACCAGGCCCCGGGCGCGCACCUUGACCAGCGGAAGGUCAUUGAUCUCUGCUCGGAGAGUGACAGUGACAGUGACAGUGAGAGCUCGAGCUCGAGCUCCAGCGACACCGACACCGACACCGAUAGCGACAGCUCCAGCGACAGCGAGAGCUCUAGCUCCAGCGAUAGCGACAGCGACAGCGACAGCGACGUCGAGCUUCUGCCGGCGCGAAGUAUACUACAGAUACCGCUGCCACCGUCCAUUCAGCAACUAGUCGACGCCCGUCAAGCACAUCUCUCUGGGUCAGCAGGACAGCCCGCCAACGUCGCCACAGCCGAACGUCCAUUUGCGCCAAUUCAUCCCGCACCAUCGCUAUAUCCGUGGCACUUGCCACGUGCUCAAGAGUCCGUAGCCACCAUAAACCCGGCACAAUCGCCAUCUACGCGGGCCCGUCUCCUACCUGCUCACGCAUCUGGAUCAAAUAUUCCCCCUUUCCUGCCUCUUUUCCCUCCAUCUGCUCAGGCACCUGGAUCUACUAUAAACCCGGCACAACCGCCAUCUGUCCUGCCCCGUCCUCUGCCUGCUGCAGUCACGCUAACAAUGUUCACGGACGGAUCCUACAAGCACAGAGAGGGAAUGGGCGGCGCUGGUAUCGCGUACCAGCAGGGGACCUCCUGGUUUGGGCGAGCCGUCGCCCUUGGAAUCUUAGAGAGCUCGGACGUGGCUGAGAUGGAAGCAAUCCGACACGCACUGCGCAUGGCUCAGACAAUUGUGCCCUGCAUAGGAGCCACGAAGCUGAUUAUCCAAUCGGACAGCGAGUAUUGUUUGCACGCCCUCAAAACUGCAGCAACAGGCCACCACACCAAAUCCGGCCAAAUGAAAGCAAGCCUCGACCAAGCAAUGCUCAUCAAAGCUGCUCUCGGCGUCGAGGUGAACUUCUGGUGGAUCAAGGCGCACAACCACGCUGAAGGCAACGAGAGAGCAGACAUGCUCGCCAAUUUCGGCGCGAGGCAGAGCCUCGCAGGAAGUGAAGAGCGGGUGUGGGAGAACCCCAUCCGGGGCCAACUCAACCGGUGCAUGCAAUGGCACGCCAAGGCGGCCUCACUGGACACUCGCGAUGUGUUCGUGACGGGGGCCACUGGGCCGCCGCAGGGCUGGCGAGCUGUGCUCGCAGCGAAGGGUACUGCGCUGAAGGACGAGCAUGCUCGCCGUAGAGCUGCACAGCUCGCCAACUUGGCCCGCCAGACGACUUAG